AUGAUGGUGUUCUAUGUUCACUGCUGCGUGUUGCUCCUCUGGAGCUUCUACCCGGUCUGCUACUCUUACAUCGACGACGAUACGAUUGAAAGAGCCAUGGAGGGUGAAUGGGUUGCUCUACAAGGCAGUGACGAUGAAGCAUUGAUCAAAGUGGCGGAGCUGAAAGAUGCUGGUUCUUCUUUUGAUGCAGCAGAAUCGUUUUGUCGAGAACAUGAAUCCCAUCUGACGUCUGUUCUAUCCGAAAACGAAUUGAACUUUAUAGGAGAGCUAGUGCACAGGGGCCAUCAACGUCAAGGAGGUCGUGAAGAAGAUAAUGUGUAUGCAGUGACAGGCUUGCGGGUUCAAGCUUUGGAGUGGAUUGAUGGUUCUCCAAAUGGCUUCGCUUCAUCGGCUAUAACGGAAAAGCAUGAGACGUGUUACGGCAUUCAUGCGCGUGGUGUUGAACCCUCCUACUUUCUGAUAAGUGGUUGUGAUCUAACGGCUACGGAUCUUAACGGACGUAACUACUUUGUGUGCCGAAAAUAA